AUGCUCAGCGACGACGAGAUCAACCGGGCCAGCGCCCAGUUAAGAAACUACCAACUGGAUGACACACUGUCCCAGAUCCUCGAACGCUACGGUGCCCUGAUUGAAGAUUAUAGGCGGCUCAAGAGCGACUACGAAGAGGAGCGGGAUGCGAGGGAGCGGUAUAAGCAGAUGGCAAAGGGCCAGGACCGGAACCCUUUCGUCCUGGUGCUGGUAGAUGGAGACGGUUACGUCUUCAACGAUAAUCUGGUGGAUAAGAGCAACCCAGAUGCCGGCCGAAACGCCGCCCACAUGCUCCACGACCGCGUCCAGGAAAGCCUUCGCCGAAAGGGACUGGAGCACUGCGCCGUCAUGGUGCGCAUAUACGCAAACGUGGCCGGUCUGUCAAAGAUUCUCGCCAAGACUGGAUUGAUAGGCCAGGAGGGCCGAUCGUUGAGUCCCUUUGUUGCAAGCUUCAACAAGUCGUACGGCCUCUUCGAUUUUGUCGAUGCGGGCCCACUAAAGGAGAAUGCCGAUUUUAAGCUUCGUGCAAUGCUGCAGCUCCACGCCGAAAAUGCCCAGUGCAAGCACAUUUACUUUGCAGCCUGUCAUGAUGUCGGCUACAUUUCGGAACUUACUUCCUUUGUCGGAAAGAAGGACCUCUUUACGCUAAUUAAGACCCCUGGAAUCAACUUUCAUGACGAAUACACCAAGCUAGGUCUUGGAGUGGAGGAGCUCCAUGGUGUCUUUAGGAAUACGCCGCUCAACAUCCCUGUGCCAUCUACUUUUGCCCGGGCUGCUAGCGUACCUUCCUCCAAAACCGAAACAUCAUCACCUUUGGGCCAAGGCGCUUCAAAGAUUGUGAAAGCGCCAUCGCCUGAUAAUACUAAAAAUAGCAACAACAACAAUAACAACAAUAACAAACCAGCCAAUGCGCAGGGAAUAUCUACAAAGUCUUCAGAAGCAGGUGCCAGUGCUGUCGUCUGCCAACACCACCUCGCAGGACGUUGCUCGUUUGGUCAAAAGUGCAGAAACUUGCACGUGAGCGGUUCAGCCCGCACUAACGUGGCGUGGCGGGACGGCCCUGGCCAGGCAAAGUCGCCGGACCAGUCGAAGCAUCUUACCUCGCCCGAGGAGUUCAAGAGCCUACCAAACAAGGAAGAUAUUCCCCCGGGCCAUGUAGCCGUCAACGAGGCGGGCUUCCGUCUCGACCCGUAUAUGCCUCCGUCUAGCGCGCAGGCGGCCGAGGUCAUCAAGUCGGGGGGAAAUAGGGUAUGCAACAUUUUCCACCUGACAGGCGAUUGUCCCAAAGGGCAGGACGAGUGCGAAUACGGCCACAGUCCCUUAAGUGAGAACCUCAAGAAGGGUGUGGAAUACCUAUCCCGGACAUUUUCUUGUCACCAGGGAGGUUCCUGCAGGGACCCCGAGUGUAUACAGGGACAUAUUUGCCAGGUGGCGGACUGCCAAAAAAGGGGCGGGCGAAGGCCCUGCAAGAUCCGUCAGUCUGCACACUUGGAGAAGCUAUCUCCCGUACAAUACGUACCUGGAGUUUCUAGCUCACGUGGUUCUCGAAAUGGCAGCAUGAGCGACCUAAACGGAUACGCCAGCAUGCAAAGCAACCGCCGAGGCAGUUCGCAGAGCCCAUCGAUAGAUGCUGUGGAUGCAGGUGCCAGGUUGGGAGGGGCCGUUUUAUUUUGA